AUGGUGCCAUGGUGCCAGGUGGAAGCGUUGUAUUUUGCAAAAAGUGCUGAAAUAACAGGAAUUUGCUCAGAGACCAUUUCUGUGCCACAAGAAAUAAAAGCAUUGCAGCUGUGGAAUGAGAUAGAAACGCGCCAUUCUGGAUUGACUGAUGUCAGAAAUCAGGUGAUAUUUGCUGUUCCUCAAGAAUAUGUCGAGCUUGCAGAUCAGCUCCUCCUGCUUCAAUCAGGAGACGAAAUUGCCAUAUCCCCCCCCCCCAUUAGUGGAGGAUAGUGCUUUUGAACCACCUGGGAAAGAUAUAAAUGAAGUUGAAGAGAAAUCUAAAGGUAUAAUAAAAUUCACAUCUGAGAAAC